UUUGUUUCCCAAUAAGAAAAGUAGAUUCAGAAAGUUGUAUUAUAAAUGUAGCGUAGUACUGCUUACCAAAAGUUAGGAGUUUUAUUCUUGUAGGAGUUAGGCUAGUAAGUAAUGUUUAUAUAAUCCUGAUAAACAUUUCUCCAUGACUGAAUUUUGAGUGGAAAACUUUAUUUCCUAAAAGACUGUAUGUGAAAAAAAAGAAAAGAAAAAUAGGGCCUAUUAUCUGAUUGUGAGUAGUGUGUGUGUGUGUGUCUGUGUGUGUGUGUGUGUGCGCGCGCAUUUAGAUCCAGUUUAAUACCAACUAAUGCCAACAUCUGGCAAAGAGAUGGAGAUCUGGGAAUUUGUUGCUUGAAACCCUGGGACAAAGUGUUCUGAUCUGACCAGCAAACAUAGCUGUGGACUUGAACUGGAAUCUUCAGGGGCAGAAACGUCUUAAGUGUCUGGAAAAUAGGCCUGUUGAGUCACCAUGAAGGCACUAAAACAAAACUAAUUUUAAGCAGGUCAAAGUUCAGUGAUUCUCUCUGGAAUUCAAACUUUUUUUAAGAGUCUCAUGUUUAAGUGAAAAGGGUCAAAGUUGAUGCACUGUUACAAUGUUUUGAAUGCUUUCCCUUAAGAACAGCCACCCAAGCUGGGAUUGUCAUGAGGAACUGCAAGGCUGGCACUUCAGCGUCUGGGUUAAAAAUAUUUUAAAGCAGUAAAUGCAGUCAGUACAGAGAGAUCCCUGGGAGCCUUUCUAUUCAAAAAUGUGUGAGCUCAGGGCAGCGACUGCAAUGUAAUUUAGGGCAGGGUAUGCUUCAUAGCUUUGGAGAAUAUUGCUUCCCACUAAUGUUCCAUCAGAGGAUGGUAGGAUAGUAGUAAUUUUAGAAGGUGGUAUUCCUGUUUGUCUUACAUCGAAAACUUCAGAAUAAAUAAAAGGACAUAUCAACUGAGCAAGAAAUGUAACUAUGGAAAAGUACCAAUGAAUCUAAAUUUGAACUGAACAGAUACAAAAUCAGCAUGGGUGUAGGAAUAUUUUUAAGGAGGAAGCUACACCAAAAGCGACUUCCCAGGGAAUGGAUCGCACAGGUAUGUACCAUGUGUGACACCUAGCCUGCAGAAACUUUCAAGAGAGUGUCUUGUCAACAGUGAGGUGCUUUAGCUGUGACCCGAUGUCAUGCUGUUGGAUAUUUGAAUUGAGGGAUUAUUUUAGAAAAUGAAACAUAGGGGAUUUAAUUUCAGUAGCUGGAAUUCAGAUGAUAUCUGGAUAUCCUGUGGAUGCCAACAAUUAGCUAGUCGGAAUUCCUUGAAUGAGAUUGUAUUGGGAUCGUAGGAUGGCCUCACUAUGAAGUGAGUGAUUCCAGGACUUUUGAUGUUAAAAUGUUAUAUACUGCAGCUUAUUGUGAUUGACUAGGCUUUUUCUGAGACUGAAGAUCUCGUUGCUGACUAGAAUGAGACUUAAACAACAUUCUUAGACAUUAAAAAGAACCUAUUAUUUUAUGGGUUUUGUCUAGGAAAAGGGAGAAGAACAUUUACUCUGCCUUCAAAUUUAGCAACUCAGCUAAAAGCUCUGGUGUAGCUAUGAAAUUUGGCUGGUAUCCAUAGUUUACUAAACUUAUAAAACUUUGGUUAUUAGCUGUUUUUUUUUUCCAUGAUACCAGUUGCAGAAUAAUUCUGUUGCUCUUCACCAUAAACCUAUGAUACUCACUUUGAAGAAGUUUUAAUUAUUCAGUUAUUUAUUCAGUAAAUAUCAGUUAUUCCAAUUUGAGGAAUUACAUUUUGCAUUGUGUUUACUGUGUCUCAAGAGAUAUGAACUCAGUCGUGUCUGUUUAUUUUAAUGAGAUAAGCCAGGCACAAGUGAUAAUUUUUACCAAAACAGAAUAAAAAUGCAUGAAGAAGAAGGAAAAGCUGAGUUAUUAUUGUAUGACAUGAUGACUCUUGUACAGUUUUUAAUCGGAAAGUGAUCUGAGUUGGGCUCAAAGAUGGGAAGAUGUCACGCGUGUUCUAUGUGGUUCCUUUAGGUUACAGGUUAAUAGAAAGCAGUCCUUGAUUGGAUUCUUGAACUCAGUUAUGUUUAUAAUUAUUAACGUUGUGAAUCCUGCUUAUUUUAAUGUAGUGAUGAAGAAAGAAGAAUAAGAGAGAAUCAAAUAUUACAGAGGUUAAAUUAGAAAAGGUCAAAUGCCAAAUGUUUUCAAGAGCUGGUGCUAGGAUGAUGAUGCUGGGAUAGUUUCAGGGCUUUUUAAUCAGUCUGCAGUGUAAAGACAUACUUCAAGAGGAUCCUUAGAAGUCUUGGACAAACUUACCCUUAUGUGGCAGCAUUCCUUUUGCUGAUGACACAAUUCCUGUGUGAAUCUGUUUACAAGAUUCUGAAAGCUGAACAGAGAAUUUUGGCACUGUACUGGGUAGGAAAAAGCUUUGCAAGAAAUAGAUAACAUCAAGGACAUCGGGAGUGGGAGAGAUUGGACUGGGAGACUCAGCAGGAUGUCUUCCAAGCGACCAGCCUCUCCGUAUGGGGAAGCAGAUGGAGAGGUAGCCAUGGUGACAAGCAGACAGAAAGUGGAAGAAGAGGAGAGUGACGGGCUCCCAGCCUUUCACCUUCCCUUGCAUGUGAGUUUUCCCAACAAGCCUCACUCUGAGGAAUUUCAGCCAGUUUCUCUGCUGACGCAAGAGACUUGUGGCCAUAGGACUCCCACUUCUCAGCACAAUACAAUGGAAGUUGAUGGCAAUAAAGUUAUGUCUUCAUUUGCCCCACACAACUCAUCUACCUCACCUCAGAAGGCAGAAGAAGGUGGGAGGCAGAGUGGUGAGUCCUUGUCGAGCACGGCCCUAGGAACUCCCGAACGGCGCAAAGGCAGCUUAGCUGAUGUUGUUGACACCUUGAAGCAGAGGAAAAUGGAGGAGCUCAUCAAAAAUGAGCCAGAAGAAACCCCCAGUAUUGAAAAGCUACUCUCAAAGGACUGGAAAGACAAACUUCUUGCAAUGGGAUCAGGGAACUUUGGUGAAAUAAAAGGGACUCCUGAAAGCCUAGCUGAGAAGGAGAGGCAGCUCAUGGGUAUGAUCAAUCAGCUGACCAGUCUGCGAGAGCAGCUACUGGCUGCCCACGAUGAGCAGAAGAAACUGGCUGCAUCUCAGAUCGAGAAACAACGCCAGCAAAUGGAGUUGGCCAAACAGCAACAAGAACAGAUUGCAAGACAACAGCAGCAGCUUCUGCAGCAACAACACAAAAUCAAUUUGCUUCAGCAACAGAUACAGGUCCAAGGUCAACUGCCGCCAUUAAUGAUUCCCGUGUUCCCUCCUGAUCAACGGACACUGGCUGCAGCUGCUCAGCAAGGGUUCCUCCUUCCUCCAGGCUUCAGCUAUAAGGCUGGAUGUAGUGACCCUUACCCUGUUCAGCUGAUCCCAACUACCAUGGCAGCUGCUGCGGCGGCAACACCGGGCUUAGGCCCGCUCCAACUGCAGCAGUUAUAUGCUGCCCAGCUAGCUGCAAUGCAGGUGUCUCCAGGAGGAAAGCUCCCAGGCAUACCCCAAGGCAACCUCGGUGCUGCUGUAUCUCCUACCAGCAUUCACACGGACAAGAGCACAAACAGCCCACCGCCCAAAAGCAAGGAUGAAGUGGCACAGCCACUGAACCUAUCAGCUAAACCCAAGACCUCUGAUGGCAAAUCACCCACAUCACCCACCUCUCCCCAUAUGCCAGCUCUGAGAAUAAACAGUGGGGCAGGCCCCCUCAAAGCCUCUGUCCCAGCAGCAUUAGCUAGUCCUUCAGCCAGAGUUAGCACAAUAGGUUAUUUAAAUGACCAUGAUGCUGUCACCAAGGCAAUCCAAGAGGCUCGGCAGAUGAAGGAGCAGCUUCGGCGGGAGCAGCAGGUGCUUGACGGGAAGGUGGCUGUUGUGAAUAGUCUGGGUCUCAAUAACUGUCGGACAGAAAAGGAAAAAACAACACUGGAGAGUCUGACUCAGCAACUGGCAGUUAAACAGAAUGAAGAAGGAAAAUUUAGCCAUGCCAUGAUGGAUUUCAAUAUGAGUGGAGAUUCUGAUGGAAGUGCUGGAGUCUCAGAAUCAAGAAUUUAUAGAGAAUCCAGAGGGCGUGGUAGCAAUGAACCCCACAUAAAACGUCCAAUGAAUGCCUUCAUGGUGUGGGCUAAAGACGAACGAAGGAAAAUCCUUCAAGCGUUUCCCGACAUGCACAACUCCAACAUCAGCAAGAUAUUGGGAUCUCGCUGGAAAGCUAUGACGAACCUAGAGAAACAGCCGUAUUACGAGGAGCAAGCCCGUCUCAGCAAGCAGCACCUGGAGAAGUACCCCGACUACAAAUACAAGCCCCGGCCGAAGCGCACCUGCCUUGUGGAUGGCAAAAAGCUGCGCAUUGGUGAAUACAAGGCAAUCAUGCGGAACAGGCGGCAGGAAAUGCGACAAUACUUCAAUGUUGGGCAACAAGCACAGAUCCCCAUCGCCACUGCUGGUGUUGUGUACCCUGGAGCCAUCGCCAUGGCCGGAAUGCCCUCCCCUCACCUGCCCUCGGAGCACUCGAGUGUGUCCAGCAGCCCAGAGCCUGGGAUGCCCGUUAUCCAGAGCACUUACGGCGUGAAAGGAGAGGAGCCACAUAUCAAAGAAGAGAUCCAGGCUGAGGACAUCAACGGAGAAAUUUAUGAUGAGUUCGAUGAGGAAGAGGAUGAUCCCGAUGUAGAUUAUGGGAGUGACAGUGAAAACCAUAUUGCAGGACAAGCCAACUGAUAAGGGUCAAAAGAUUGUUGUGACCUUAGGACUUAAAGAAGCCCUAGCUGGUUCAUCCUUACCAGUGGCCAAGCACAUUAACUUUCUCAUACACUGACUGUUACUUUAACUGUUAGUCUUAAAUAGUUGGGACAUCAGCUGACUAAUAGACCUCAGCCUCAAAAGGCUUGGAAAGGAAAAAAAAAAUACAAGCAAACAACAAUAUCAACAACAAGAGAUUGAAAUAAGCUAUGGGUAAAAUAAUGCCAGUAAUUCAGCUGCUACAUCCAAGCACUGAAGUCUUACCCGUCAACUUUUUUUUUUUUAAUAAACUUUAUGGCUGUUUGUUCUACAAUGUUCUAGAAAUUCUCACUCAGGUACACAGUGCCAACAAGUGGCUUGUGAAUGUGUUUUGUUGUUUUGUGCUACAAUUUUUAAAAAGAAGUAAGUUUUGUUUUGUUUUUUGGGGUUUCUGGGUUUUUUCCUUUUCUUUUUCUUUCCUUUCCUUUUUUUUUUUAUAAUGCACCUGACAGAAAAAAAGAAAGAUGAAUUUCUCUUUACUUCUCUCCACCUUCUCCAUCUCUAUACUUUAAAGAUGGAAGUCUGUGCAUGGGGGGGGGAAGAGGGAAAAAGAGCCUGUUUUUAACUUCCUUGCUAUCCACCACAAAAUAAGCAAUUAUUUUCUUUAGAGGACUUUCUUUAUCUAUUGCACACCACACUACAUCUUUGAGCAAGUGCCAAAUUUGUACUGAAGUGUUGACCCAGUUCCUUUUUUUUUUUUUUUUUCCUUUCCUUUUUCCUGUUCCUUCUUAAGUUAGGACAGUGUUAUAUCUUAGACAAUCCCUUGAAAAACCUGAAAUACCAGCAGCUGGUGAGAUUUGACUUUUUUUUUUUUAAAUGGAAACUGUAGGUGCUGUUCUCAGGUGAAAAGAGAGAGAGAGAGAGAGAGAGACAUAAGAAAUUUAGAGAAAAAAUAUUUUCUAAUCUUGGAUUUUUGUGUGUAUGUAUGUGUGUGAUUAUGGUACUAAUAGGAAUAACAUUGAACCAUUGUGAGUUAAACCCACAUCUGGGGAUGAAAUCCCACAUCCUCCUAAGUGACUGGUCUGGAAGCAACCUUGACCUUGACUUUGCACUUCAAAUGACAACCAAGAUAGGGCUCAGAAAUUAUAUUUUUAAAUUUCUAAUACGAUUAUUAUUGGAUGGAUCAGGCGGCCCUGUGUAAUCGAGGUGUGCGUGUAUAACAUGGAAGCUACUAGCAAACUGUUCCCAGAUGUCCCUUCUUCCUGGUCAGUUGGUUCCACUAAUGUUUGCUACUUAAUGAUUUCUGUUUGUUUUCCUAUUGAUAACUUCGAGCAAAACAAUCAUUGUUUUCUUUGACUGUAUUUGGCCAUUUUCCAGAAACACAGAAUUAGCUUAUUUCUUCAACAUUCCAUUCUUUCCUGAUCAGGAAAUGGAACUGAUGAUUUUAUAAGGUAUUUUUCAUCUCUCCAUGAAAUGAGGCAGAGGCCAUUUGCAUUUCACAAUUGUGGGCCAUGUGCAUCCCAUACCAUAAAAAGCAGGAUUUGAUUAAAAGUCAUUGCAGCCCGACAAAAUGGAGCCUGGCUGAACCCAGUGAUCCUCGCCACCACUCUUCCCUCGCUGUAAGAUGAAUCCACUGACGUCCGAUUUUGGGUUCCAGCAGAGUAUGUGCAUAGAGCAAAACUGAUGGUGACAGAACUGCUUAUUUAGAUUUUGCCAGCCAAAUGCUAAGGCAGUCAUAGGGCUUGUACAAAUAAAUGCAAAAUCACUUAAAGUCAAUUGCCAUUAUUUGUGCUGAAGUAUCAGACAGUAAAUACUCCAACCAGUAGCUUGGAUGUGCUAUGGUUUUCACUCCAGUCAUCAUUUUCCUACCCCACCCCUCAAACCUGACCCAAAAGUUUGAUUUUUAUAUAUAAAUAAGAAAAAAACUCCUUUUUAUUUUUCUCUCUCUCAAAAGACUUGCUCUGGGGUUUUGCUUGGAGGAGCUGAUCAUAUCCUGCAUGUCAGAGAUUUUGUUUUGUUUUUCUGUUUGUUUUUGAUGACUGUAUUUUCAUUUGAACUGCCUCUUUUUGCUAGUGUUGUAAUGAUGAUGAUGAUAAAAUAAUAAUAAUAAUAAUAGUAAUAAUAAUAAUAAUGGUCAGCUGUUCCCAGAUUAGUAAGUUAUGUAUAAUUUAUUUCUCCCUCUCUAUUUUAUUCUCCUCUGAUUUGGAAGUGCAGCCAAUAAGCUGUUAGAUAUUUAAAACAAAUUUCCAUCUUCCAACUCAUAUAUAUAUAUAUAUAUAUUUAUACACACACACACAUUCACCCACACAAUUUUACUUCGCCUUCAAUAAGUUUUCUCCUUUUUAAAAAUUUGGCCCCAACAAUGUCAAGUUCUGGUGUUUCAUACAAAGGAGUGAAUAGGAGGGUCAUGUUCAAUCUUAAUUAACUUAUGCUCUCAUCACUCAUUUAGUUAUUUAAUUGCCACAGUCAUCUAGAGCCAAUUUUUGUUUUUGUUUUUGUUUUUAAGCACUCUGGAUAAGGAAAAAAAAAUAGACACUCGUUUUAUAUCGUUAUUAUGUACAAUGUGAAAACAGAUUUUUAAAAAUUUGUUCUUCGUCUUUGUUAACAAAUUCUUUCUGACUUAUGUGGGUUCACCUCUCACGUUUGCUGGAUACUUAUUUUACACCACGUUAUAAAGAUGCUUUGUUUUCAUUUCAUGACUUUGGGCUACAAGAAUACUUUGUUUUAGCUCCAGGUAGAUGCCCCUGAGGGCAAUCAUGGCUGAAACCGAUUCUAACACACUUACCGGUGAAUUGACAAAACACUUCUGUUUGGUCUUUUUUUGUUUGUUCCUUAUUUUGUUUCAUUUGAAGGGGAAAGCGAAAUUGUUAAUGGUGACCCUUAACUGCUGAAAUUCAGAAGUUAAUUUUAUUUAGUUAGGUUAAUGUCAGAGAGGCUAUACCGUGCCUGGACGAAAACAGGAAGUCCAGAACCCCGCGUUCUGUUCUCGUGUUCUGACAUAGAAUUCACUGGGUAUCGCAGUUUCUUUGCCUUAGUUUUCCCCAGAAGAAAACAACAAGAAAAAUUAUACUGAUGUUUAAAGUGCUUUGAAGUCAUUUGAUAAAAGGUGCUAUGAAUAGCAACUUAAUGUGUUAACACAUUGCCUUUUUGGCAUUUGAUUGGUUUAUCAUUUUUGUAAAGGAUCCUAAAACCUUGUAUUCUUUCUUUGUGCCCCAUGAUGAUCAAAAAAGCUAAGGUAGAGGAAAUGAGAGUAAGAUCAAACUGAAAUGAAGAUAACAUUUCCCUCCUCUAUCCUUUCCUACCUCCCUGUUCACAUAUCCCUCUCUCUCUCUCUCUCUCUCUUUCUCUCUCUCGCGCGUACACACGCAUACACACAUGCACACACUCAUCCCAGUACUGAGGAAUAAUCUUGCCUGAACUCUCAUUUUAUGGCUAUUGUAAUCAGUUCCUCCAGAAGUAGUCAUGUUUUAAUAUGAAUAUAAGAGAACAUCACUGGAGAAAAUAGGUUAAAGUUGCUCAUUUACAAGUUACUAAUAAUUUGGCUAGUUACUGCAAUUGGAUAAAAUAUAAAACUGUUCUUCAGUACGUUUAUUAAUUAGUUAAAUCAAUUUUUAACAUUUAUUUGGCAUCUGCAUUUAAAAGUUAACCAUGUAUAAAAUCCCUCCCAAAGAACAUAAUUAUUGAAACCAAAUCCUCUUAUAAGGAACGAUUAUAAAAGAGUUUUCUUUGAUGAAAUUAUUUCAUAGAUUUGAUUUCGGAGUAGACUUUUACCUUAAUUCAUUUAAAGAAAAUUAUCUUUAACUAUUUUGUGGUCCCAAUUUCAUAUAUUUUCUUAAUCCAGAAGUUGCCACUGUUCCCAGCAGAAAUCUCUUUUAUCACAUUUAAAACAUCAAAAAAUAAUGUUCAUUCAUUCUAAUGGGUGAAUUAUUGAAUUGUAACAAGCAACUGUAUAUUUGCAAACAGGUUUAUAAAAUAUUUGUCUAGCAAGUUAAUAGUAAAAUAAAAAUUAUGGGGUCUGCAAGGAAAAUUAUGAAGCCCACUUAAAGUGGUUCAGAUAUCUCUUAUAGGGCAUAAGUUUUUGUGUAGACAGGCUUUUACAGUAUUUAAUUUUAAAGUUUCCUAUAACUAUCAGUUUCCCAAGUUGAAGAUGAUGUUGUGUUAAGUUUUCUACUGACUGAUUCCUGUCCUUCCCAGUGUUUCUGUCACUGGUUCACUAAAACAGUAUUUAUACAGCUCCGCCGGCUCUAAAGUUCUUAGUCCUUCUAACAUUUUGGA